AUAGAUUGACCGGGUAAGAAUUAGUCAGGAACCAAAUACACCGGUUGCCUCGUCCUCUUUUGCAAGAUGGAAGGCAGGAAAAGGGCACACUCCGAUGCGGGUGAAAGUGCGAGUAGUUCACCGCCACACGACAGUGACACAGAAAAGUCAACAACUACAUUAGAGAGUUCACCAACUACAUCAUCAUCUGAACCUUCGAGCGAAAAUGAUUCAUUUCCAAAUAGCACUUCCAAAUGGAGGCGAUCUGAUAUAGACAAAUUGGGAAUAAAACUCUCGUACAGGGCUUGCGCGAUGGAUGUUGUAUAUGAAUGGGGGCUAUAUACAAUGUUUAGAAAGGAUGUAGUUUCAGAAGAAUUGAAUACUGUAGAGGAAAUUUUAUAUGUGUGUAAUUCAAUUGAAGCGGAUUUCACAUCGUUUGAAGAAUUACAGAGAAAGUUUAUUGGAAAUCCCGCGAUAUGUAAUGAAUUCGUUCCAACAGAAAAGAUGCCCGAUGGAAUUGGAUUAUGUUCAUGCCGCUUUGAGGAGUUUCAACAAAAAAUGGAACUUGUUUUAAGAGAGGGAAUUGAAGUGAAUGCUUCUGUCUCAGAAUCCAACUUUCAAACUUUAUUUGAGGACUUUCUCAAAAUAUGUGGCAUAAUCACCAGGCAUCAACCUGAUAUUGCUAUAAAGAAGAUGAAGGUCAAGGGUGAAAUUGUUUCCUCAGCACCUGAUAUAUUAUGCUAUGGUUUGGAGGGGAAAGUUUUAUGUGUUAUAGAGAUUUUUGGUAAAGUUGAGGUUAAAAAGAACAUAAAAGGUGAAGAUACAUAUGGCAGUCCUGUAAUCAAGAAAACACGCCAUGCAUCUUCUGAAGUAGAUCCCUGCCUACCAGAUGCCCUUCUUGCUCAACAUAUAGGAGAACUGUUAGCGUAUCUUGACAAUUCAGUUACACAUAUGGAUCUUUGUGGAAGUGUUGGUAGAGAUAUUCUUGGAUUUACGGUUGAAAAAACACAAGUGACUGUUACACAUCUACAGUUAACUGAACUCAGCUGGGAAAAAAUUCAAAAUACCACCAGAAAGGGAUCACUUAAGCAUAUGGAGAAACCGGUUCUUCACUACAGUCGACGAUACGAUUUUUUGAAAAAAUCAGAUCGACAAGAAUUGUUUAAGGUUAUUCUCCAUAUAAAAUUAAUGCAUUCUGUUCAUGAAAAAGUAGCAGGGCAGAGAAAAACUAAGGGGACAACUAACAUCCUGUCUAAAAAAAAAUUUUGACAAAUCACCAUCAUUAAUGCUGUAUUGAAAUGGACAAGAGGUAUUUUAGCUCAUCUGAACCAAAUAUUGAAAGACAUAUUCUAUGGCCAUUUGUGCAGUGUGCAUAAACUUUUAGGAAUACUAGCCAUAUCUUAAGAACCACUUCAUCAAUAUUUGUCAAAUUUGUCACAGAGUGUCCUUGGCCCAAGGUCUUUAAUUUAUACCUAAUAAGGCUGUGACCAUUAAACAGGGAAGAUAAUUAGGGCAAAAAAGGGGGGAUUCUAAAACAUCGUCUCAUGAACCACUUGGCAGAUUAUCAUCAAACUUGCACAUGAGGAUGAAGAUAUGUUUUACAUUUAAAUUGUUUAAGGCAUCAUCCUGGGGCAAAGGGCAUGGUCUCAAGGUCACUUCAAGGUUGACCUCAAUUAUGUUCUGUUAAAACUUUCAUAUUUUGCCUACUAUAAAGACUAUUAUCAUCAGAUAUUGUCUGUUGAUGCAUCUUGGGACCUCAUGUUGACUUAGUGUGUCAUAGUGAUCUAAUUUUUAGCUAACUUGAGCUGAAAGCUUAAUGAGCUCUUUUGUUCAAAAUUUGUCCAUCGUCUGUUGUCUUUGGCAUCAGCAUUGCCAUAAACUUUACACAUUUUCAUCUUCUUUUCUUGAACAACUGGACAAAUUUCAACCAAAAUUGGGUUAAUAAAAUUCAAGUUUGAUCAAAUGAAGAUAGUUUAAGAUGAACUACUUUUGGAAUUUCCUGGCUAUAUUUAAAUAUAUCACAAACUGAUUGUCUUACAAUCAUCAAACUUUGUUAGUUGAUGCAUCUUGGGAACUUGGAGUAUGUUCACUGAAAAGUAGGUCAUGGUGACCUAGUUACAAACUCCCAAAGCUAUAUGUAAAUAUUUCUCUUAAAAAGAAGCUAAUUUUCUUUUUCAUUUGAUGCAUUUGAAGUCUUUGGAGUAUUUCAACCAAAGAGUAGGUCUGGGUGACCUAUGUUUGAAAUUUUAUGGUUGUAUUUAGAUAUUUCAGAUACUACCUGUAUCUUAAGUAAUUUGUAUUGAUUUCCUGACCCAAAAUGUUGGAACUUGUGAAAGGUUUCGUAUAUAAUAUAGAUUGUAAAUUGUUCAAAUCAUAGUCCUCAGGUGUAGGUUUGGAUCACAAUAUUGGGCUGAUUUUAAGGGGGGAAAUGUAUCUGACUAAAAAUUCCACAGAAAGGGAUAAUAAAAAAUGAAAUCUGAUGAAAAACCACAACAGAACCAUUGAUUUGCAACAUCCCUAGGCUCUGCCAUAAUUUUUAUUUAUGGACCCCAGGUUGGAGUUAUCUAAAAUCAAGAUCAAAUUUUACUUACAGUAAUGCAUGUACAUGUAUACAGGAAAAGAAUUUUCUUUUCCAUAUCUACAAGGCCAUGUCAGUCAUUGAGGCAUCCCCAAGUUGUGUUGAUUUAGAGACCCCUCAGAGUUAGAGUUAGGACCAUAAUGAGGGGUGACAAAUUUUCAAGGGAAUAUAAAAGUCAUAAAAUUUGAAAAAGAACAACAGAACUUUAGCUAUCAUAUGAGUGUUGUGGUGUAUGGGCAUUGUGUUUUUUUAAUCUCCUUAAGAUUUUCAAUGAUUUUAUGAAAGUAAAAUUUUGAAUUUCUACAUUCUAAUAAAAUGCAUACCAUAUGCUUUCCAUGCUUUCAGUCAUAUCACUAAAAUGUUUCAUCAUUUGAUUUUUAGCUCACCUGAGCUGAAGGCUAAAGUGAGCUUUUCUGAUUGAAAUUUGUCCAUUGUCUGUGGUUGUCGUGGUUGUAAACUUUUCACGUUUUCAUCUUCUCAAGAACCACUGGGCCAAUUUCAACCAAACUUGCACAAAGUAUCCCUGGGUAAAGGGGAUUCAAGUUUGUACAAAUGAAGGGCCAUGCCUUUCUUGCAAGGAGAGAUAAUCAUGAAUAAGUGAAAAAUUAAUGGCAUCAUUUAAGAACCUUCUUCUCAAAAACAACUGUGCUAGAAAAUAAGAAACUUAUGUUGAAUCAUCCUCAGGCAGUGUAGAUUCAAGUUUGUUCAAAUCAUAAUCCCCUGGGGUUGGGUGGGGCCACAAUGGGUGAUCAAAGUUUUACAUAGGAAUUAGGGAUGUCAACGAAUAGUCGACUAUUCGACCAUCAGUCGAAUGGACCGACGAUCGAAUAACGAAACGACAUUCGAAUAAAUAAAUUCAAUAAAAGAGUGAUAAAGAGUUGGAAUUCUCAUCCUAAAAUUGAGAAACCGUCUUCCCUCAGACACAGUCGAUAAGAUAAUUUUCCUCAUUAAAAACUGCUGACUUUACAUGUAGAAAGUACAGUGAUUAGAAACGCUUCACUUCCGCGUGAAUUAUUGUCAAUUAAUGUGUUGUUUUCAUAAUAAAAUUAUCUCGCCAUACUGCGCUUUCUUUGUAAAACUAUUAAUUGGACUUGAUCUCAUACCAUGUACCCAUAAAAGCCGUGACAUGUUUGGACACUACGAUAAUUAUUAUAAAAUUAAUAUUCUUUUACAUAUUUUAAAGACAUUUUGAUAAUUGGCACAAAAAGUAUAUUCAAAUAUUUAACAUUAUCAAGGUCACCGUAUGUGCCCCCCCCCCCCCCCCCAUCAUUUUAAUAAGCUUUAAAAAAAUAUAUCACACAGUCAUUUUUUAUGCUUCCUAAAAAACCGACUUUACAGACCAAUUUAUGAACAUGAUUGACGGUGAAAUCCUACAUUUUGGAGAAAUUAACGGUCUAUAUAUAUAGGAUCUCCCAUGAUUUGUAGUUGGAUAUGAUUUUUAUCCAACGAGUUGUGUGUUUUUUAUCCCCGAGCCUUGGCGAGGGGAUAAAAACACACAACGAGUUGGAUAAAAGUCAUAUCCAACUACAAAUCAUGGGAGAUUCUUUUUAUCCCAUGUUUAAUACUUCACAACCAAUGUUUUACACUGUUUUAUAUAGGACUCCACUUUAUUUUACUUCAUCGCGCUAACGCAAAAACCAUUGUGACGUCACAACUGUGGAUUAUGAAAAAAUUAUCCAAUGAGUCAUAUCCACGGGAUAAAGGGGUAAACAUGGGAUAAUAAGUAAAUAUAAACACGCUAUCCACAUUUUAAGUCCAUGUGAACAUCUGUGUGUAACAUUUUAUGUAACUUUUUAAUCAAUUUAAAAAAAGGGGGGAUUUGGGAUUUGAUAUGUGAUGUACCAGUGAAGUUUGAAAUAAAAUUUUAGUUUCCGAAAAAGUUUCGAAUAUAUUCCACUGUCGUUCGAAUAAUGCAAUCGAAUAUUCGACUAAAGAAAAUAAAUAUUUUGACAUCCCUAAUAGGAAUACAUAAGGAAAAUCUUCUCAAGAACAGCAAAGCCAUGAUUAGUCAUAUUUAUUUGGAAGCAUCCUCAGGUAGUGUAGAUUCAAUUUUGUAUAAAUCAUGACCCCCGGGGAUGGGGGGGGGGGGCACAGUGGGCAAGCAAUGUUUUACACAGGAAUACAUAGGAAAAAAUCUUUAAAAAUCUUCUCAAGAAAGCAAAGCUAUGAUUGGUCAUAUUUAUAUGGAAGCAUCCUCAGGUAUAUUCAAAUCUUCAAAUCAUGACCCCCGGGGGUAGGGUAGGGCCACAAUGGGCAAUCAAAGUUUUACAUUGGAAUACGUAGAAAAAUCUUUGAAAAUCUUCUUUUCAAGAACAGCAAAGAAAUUUAUUUUUAUAUUUAAACUUUUCAAUACUGAAUUGAUUUCUGCUUUUUCCUGGCCAAAGUGCUCAGACGAGCGAUGUGGCCCAUGGGCCUCUUAUUUGACUUUAUGUACAUGUAAAAAUAUAAAUAUUUAGUAAAGAUGUGUUGUUUUGACAAAAAAAAAAAAAAAUCAAGUUUUUUAAGCAUUUAAAAAAGUACAUGUUUGUCAGGAUUACUUAAAUGAUACAUAGAAUUUAUAUACAUUGUAUAAAGAAAUUAUGAAUUAAGAAAAUACUUUCCAAAUGUUUUAACUAUUACAUAAAUAUUAUUAAUUUAUUGCAUACCUUUUAUUAUUUUGUAAGUUUAAUUGCAUUGUACAGAUAAUGUUGUAUAUUAUCAGGUUCACCAUUUUUUAAAUUUGUAUAUAUAAAUGUUUAUGACAUGAAUAAUUUCAAUUUUUAACACAAUGUGAAUAAUAACAAGGCAGCUUCCAAAGUCAAUGAAUUAAUAUAUGUUUAAAUGAUGUAAUACAUGACAUUUUAAAAGUAAAAUGUGUUUUUAUUUUUUUAUUACCAUUCGUCAUGUCUUAUAAAUCCAAAUUUUAACCAUAACAUUA